AUGAUUAGGUACAAUGACGCUUACCGAUCUAGCAAUACCAAUAAUGAGCCAAUAUAUCAGGUAAUUUCCCAGCCACAAGAUGACUCCAGAUUUUUAGAUCAGCCCACAAGAUUGGGUGAGAGAUUACGAGCCCAGCUACAUAUUGAGAGCGGGAUUCGUCAUGCCUUUAAGGAAAUGUACCAUUCCAAUAUCAACAAAGCACACCAGAACUUAAUUCAUGCGGGCGAAUCUUAUCAUGAUGCCUGUGAAGGAGCCAGAUUUAAGUUUUAUAGGGCUCUCGCUGACACUAAGCAAAUGUUGCACGAAUUUAGGGACUCGUUAGAUAACCUACGGUUCGAAGCACAGCUAUGGAGAUAUGACCACAUAGACCCCAAGCGGUUAGAAAGACUAUUUACUGGUAAGGGUAAUAGGUCAAAAGAAAUAACCUAUAGUGUUGAUGCCACAAAUGACUCCAACUCAGAGGAAUCUUGCAGAAACGCGAGGAUUAAUGCUAUAAUGCAAUCAGUACUUUCACAUACGUCUUCUCAAAAGAAUUGGCAAUUCGAAUCAGAGGAUCAAUAUAUUGGUUUACCUAUUGAGCAUCGCUCACAUCAGGCUGCAUAUAAUGAUGAUUAUAACCAGGUUUUUUCAGCACCAGCAUUGUAUUUCAAUACCAGUAAUAGGGAGGUUGAGACACUGCUGAAAUGUAGCUCUGCACCGAUAGAAGUGAUUAAUAACUCUUCUUCAUUUGGUUCUAUACUUCAUGCGUCUACUUCCUCGACUGAUAUAAAGGCAUCCGCUGUUAGUAAUUCUAGUACUCAGGAAAAUGCUGAAAGUAAGACAGAUUCAAUUCAAAAAAUGGUAGACAUGGUAAUUCAAAUGUUUGAUCAAUAUGCACCUGACGAUAUACCCAUGCAGAGUGCGUAUGUGAAACCACUAAGCCUUGGCCAGCCUGAAGGUAGGAAAACCAAUGAAGAAACAGAUCAUUUAGAAAAAUACUCUAGUACUGGUAGGACAUUUUCACAUCGCAUUACAAGCUCUCUUAGAAAGGAAUUAAUUAAGGUUGACAAUAUGGUUAUAACUCCGGCAGAUGCAAGCCUCGAAGAUAAAUCGAUAGACUUUAAUGAACCCAAAAAUUUGAAUCUAGAUCACCAGAACCCAGUCUCUUUAGUGGACAGAACUUACAAUGGAAAUGUUGAGAAUAUAGGUGAUGCUUCAAUUCAGGAUCUCGAAGGUCAGGGUAUAUAUGACUCUAACAUUUCUAUACGUGGUUUAGUGUCUUACCAGCCGACUGGGAGGCAUAAAGAUUCUACCCGCCACCAAGGAGUUCCAUUUGAUAUGUCUAUGAAUACGGUAACUAUUUCAGAGCGUGCCAUUCCUUCUAAAAACUCACCUGACUGGUGUACAGUCCGACACGACUCAUCAUCGCACCAUGACUUCGAAUUCGAUCAAGAAAUUUAUAUUGGAAAUCCAUUAAUAUCGUUUGACUUUUCACCUUCCUCAAUGAAAUUGUUUUAUGCAGAUAAAGGUCCACAAGAUGACACAGACCAAUGGCAGUCAAAUAUAUAUGACGAGGACUAUAUUUAUGACGAAAUAUAUGCUCUGGAAAGAGUAAGGUUCGACAGUAUGCCCAAAUCUAUGAAAAUAUACUUUCCAGAAUACCCUCCAUAUAUUUAUGAGAAAAGAUUGUUAAAACCGCUACCACCCUCUCUUAAGGUACUAUUUCAAGACCCCGAGCAUGACUAUAAUUGGACGGAUGUCAACCCUGAUCUACUUCAUCCAUAUAACCCUACACUAGAGUCAGAUUGGGAUUUUGAUAAACUUAUAAAGUUUGUAGUCCCCAAACUGCCUCACAAAAGCGCUACACCAGUUAUACAUUACUUUAAUAAGUGCUGGUUUUGCGGGCAUCACAUAGUCACAAGAUUCCACAAUUGCCGCCGUGUGCAUAUCCGGAAGCAACUAGAAACUAAAGCUGAUAAUAUUAUGUACCUAGUUGCCGACAUUUGCGAAGAUAUCAAAUUGGAGAUGGAGUGGCUGUUUUACAAGCUCAGGUAUGAGAUUUUCUGA